CGUUGUUAUGAUACGGUACCAGCUGCCAGCAGCAAAGUGGAGAAGCCGAGUGAUUCAAAGACUGCAAAUAAAUGGUAUCAAGGAUAACUAAGGACGGAUUGAAUGGUUGAUAUUUGGAGGCUGAAAGUGGGGAACACAGUGCAAUACUAACAUUUGUAAUACUAAUAACUACUGUGGUAAAACGGACACCAAAGGCUGGAAUCAUCAAAAACUACUGGCACAAAAGCUUUAGGUUGCAAUCACUUGUGAAAUAAUCUACAUGUGCUUGGGCCGCCAGUCUUGGAGAUUGGGUGAUAUGCAUGAUGUGCAGCACUGCAGAUUCGGUUAAAGUUCUGUCUGGUACAGGGAGACUGAAAGAAGGCUACCUCAAGAAAUAUGGUAACCUUGUGACACGAUGGAGGCGAAAACACUUCACUAUCUACCAAGAUGGUCAACUGGCCUGGUCAGAUGGGAGCGGUCAUACUCCCGACAAGGUCAUCAAUAUCCGUACAGAAUGCUCCAUGCUAAGGGUAGGAGCACAGGUUGGGUCGGAUGCACCAUCGGUACCCUCAGGAUCGAGGAAAGACUUUAUGUUUUCCAUGACUGCAAGAGGAAAGAAUUAUUACAUUCUGGCAGAGACAGAGCAAGACUUGGUUCAAUGGUUAGAGGUACUUUACCAUGCUAAAGGAAUCCCUCAUCCUAGUCAACAACAGCAGCAGCAGCAGCAACCAGGAGUACCAGUGGGAGGAGGGGGGAUGCCGCAACCUCAGGGACAACUCCCGUACCCCUCACAAGCCCCUCCAAACCAACCCCCUGCGUAUGGCUUCAAUCCUAAUGUGACUGGUCAACCGCCGCCACCUGUUGCUGCAUCACCCUAUCCUCAGGCAGGUGGAUACCCCGCCCAACAACCGUAUCCAGUCCAGCAACAGAGACCCGCAUACCCUACACAACCAGGUGGACCAGUGGCAACGCGGCCUGUGCAACAGACCGUGGUCAUCAGGGACGACUCCCGACAGUACUCCAGGGGUGGGGACGGAUUCGCCACCGGGCUCCUUGCCGGUUCCCUUCUAGGAGGGUACCACGGAUGGGGAUGGGGCUAUGGAGGAGGUUACUAUGGUCAUGGAUGGGGUGGUGGCCUUCAUUUCGGUGGUCAUCACCACCAUCAUCACCAUGAUCAUUUCCAUGAUCACGAUCACUUCCAUGACCACGAUCACCACCAUGAUAUUGGAGGUCAUGACAGCUACGGAGGUCAUGAUGAUUUUGGAGGAGGGGGAGAUUUUGGCGGAGGAGAUUUUGGCGGAGGGGACUUUGGUGGAGGGGACUUUGGCGGAGGGGAUUUUGGUGGGGGAGAUUUUGGCGGAGAAUGAGAAGUAAAUAUAAUUGGGAAUCUAAACCUUUAUGCACAAAUGUCAACAUUCUUAUGCUAUUUUGUGUACCUGCCACAAAGACCAAACCAUAAUUUUGAGUUUUAUUUAAAAACUAUUGUCCAUUUGAUUAUUUUCCAUUGAAAUUCGAAUUGUCAAGGUAACUUAUUAAAUUGAUGUGUGUUUUAACUGGAGUGUGAGAAGCCAUACUUGUGGGCUCUAUGUAGACAGACCUGUGGUCCUUCAAUAUGGGUGGCUGCUGAAUCAGUUUUCAUUGUAUGAACAAAUUAAAUUAUUCCACUUGACAAAUCUAUGAAACUCGAUAAGGGUAUUGUGAUUUGUCCUGUGGACCUAUAUAAUUUUUAGCUCUUAGUACCAAAGACUAUUGCUUGUUUAAAACAUAUCAAAUAAUACUAGGCAGGAAAGUACUACAUGUAGGAAGUCAGUACUCUAGCUUACAUAGAUGUACUUUUACUUGUAUUCCUAUUUAUGAUAUGAAAUUUCUUGUCAUAUCAUUGUAUUGUAUGUUAAUUUGAAGGAGUUUGCAUUUAAUUGGACAUAAUGGAUCAUAGUUGCAGAUAUCACGCAGGAAAAUAACAGGAAAUUUACCUCAGUUGAACCACAAAUUUUAGCCAUAUGGAAAAUUGGGUUUGAAUGUGUUUUGUGCAAUACUAAAAUGG